AUGAACAAGGCGCUGAGUCAAGUUUCUAAGUCACCCUUCACACGAAACAUAAAAGAUGCGAGCCUUCCUCGGCGAUUUCAUCAACCCACAUUCACCAUUUAUAAUGGUCGAACAGACCCGGUAGAACAUGUUAGCCAUUUCAGUCAAAGGAUGGCUAUUCACUUCAAAGAUGAGGCCUUAAUGUGUAAGGUCUUUCCAGCUAGCUUAGGCCUAGUGGCGAUGAGGUGGUUCAACGGUCUAAACGUGAACUCUAUUGACUCUUUUAAGAAACUCACUCGGGCUUUUGGUGCUCGCUUUAUUACUUGUAAUAGGGUUCCUCGGCCUUUGGGAUCCUUAUUAUCUAUGUCCAUGCGGGAGGGUGAGACUCUGAAGGCUUAUUCAGAUAGAUGCUGGGAGAUGUUUAAUGAAAUAGAAGGAGAUUACGAUGAUGUGGCCAUUAGCACUUUUAAGGCUGGUCUUCCGACAGAGCAUGAUUUGAGGAAAUUUCUAACUGGUAAACCCUUUACUAGUGUACGCCAACUAAUGGAUCGGAUUGACAAAUACAGAAGAGUAGAAGAAGAUUAA